UUGUAUGCGUGCGAUCAAACCGACAACGUGAUUGAACAAGUAUUGAGUGUCACUUUCAUCAAGCUACUGUUACUCUCAGACAUGUCCGGCAAAUUGUUGAUGAUAGCUCUUUGUGGGCUGGCUGCCUUCUGUGCCAUCCCCAUCUCAUCAGCACAGUCCCUGGGCCAGUACGACACGGCGGCCUCCGACCGACGUAACGAGUGGGACGCGCUCGGCGGCCUGUACGCACUCCUCGCGCAACACGACGCGCUCGGCGGACACGCCCUGGCGCGCAAGUCGGUACGCUCGCCGUCACGUCGCCUGCGCUUCGGUCGCAGGUCCGACCCCGACAUGGCCCCGCAGACUCCGCUGGACGAGUUAGACGAGCUCCUGACUCUGCGCGACGUUCGCACCCCGGUUCGUCUUCGCUUCGGACGUCGGUCGGAUGAACGCGCUGUGCCCCAUAUCUUUCCACAAGAGGAACAAGAGCGGGAUGUCAGAGCUCCGUCAAUGAGGCUCAGAUUCGGCCGUCGUUCAGACAACAACAUGUAUGUGCUGCCAUUCGAGUCAACCAUCCCAAAGGAUGUCAAAGCCAGCACCUCGGUUGAAGACGACAGGCAACAAAACUAGGCGAAACAAAUAGACAAACCAUAUCUUUCCCCUCCAUAACAUUUGUCAAUAUCUCUUAUAUGUUACAAUUAAUUAAAUAAUUAAUUACAAUCUAUAUUUAGGUAUCUUAAAACUAUAAAAAUAUGUUAAUCUGUUUAAGCUGUACAUAAUAAUCGUCUAGUAUAUUAUAUGUAGCUAAUCUCUUUCGCGCUAAUAAACUGUCCUAAAUUUGUUUCAGACUGUGACAUUAUUUGAUAGUUUGCGCAUUUAAUUUCUAGUCAAGAAUUCUUAUGAGACUGGUAUUAUUUACCGACAGGGAGCAAUUUUACAUUAGAAGCUGGGAAAAUGUAAAAUUAUUUCACUGUUUUUUUAUUUGUUGGCUUUUUGGCAAUUUUAAUGGAAUCUAAUGUUACUUAAUGUAGUGGAAUGUAUGUAUAUUUAAUUUUGUAUAGUCCAAUAUUAGUUGAAAUAAAAUAAUACUUAUAAACUAA